AACUGUUGCUUGACGCCACCUCUUCCAACCCCAAGCCCAAGCCACCUUAUAAUUUCUCUCUCUCUCUCUCUCUCUCUUCUCUGUUUACCCUCACUCAGAUUUUUCUCUUUCUCUCUCUUAGCCGCCACCCACCUACUCUUCCUUCUAUGGACACCGCCUCAGACAACCACAGCGCUUCCUCUUCCUCCUCUUCUUCUUCUUCGGACGUCGAUGGCACGCCGCGUGGAGCAACCUCGGCUGUCCGUCGAGCUCUACAGUUAAUCCAAUCCGACGACUCAGAUUCCAAGCUGCAAGCCGCUAAGGAAAUCCGGCGACUCACCAAAACUUCCCAGAGGUGUCGGCGGCUUCUCGCCGACGCUGUUAUUCCACUCGUUUCUAUGCUCCGAGUUGACUCACCUGAGUCCUACCACGAGUCCGCCCUCCUCGCCCUCCUUAACCUCGCCGUUAAAGACGAAAAGAAUAAGAUCAGCAUUGUGGAAGCAGGUGCCUUAGAACCAGUUAUUAGCUUCCUUGAAAGUGAGAACUUAAACCUACAAGAGUAUGCAACAGCUGCUUUGCUCACUCUCUCUGCUUCUGUCAACAACAAGCCCAUUAUAGGCGCAUCGGGUGCCAUUCCUCUGCUUGUGGAUAUCCUUAGACAUGGAAGCACACAAGCUAAGGUUGAUGCUGUAAUGGCUCUUUCCAAUCUCUCAACACACCCUGACAAUCUUAAAAUGAUUCUUGAAACCAGCCCCAUCCCUUCUAUAGUCAGUUUACUGAAAAGCUGUAAAAGGUCUUCAAAAACAGCUGAAAAAUGCUGUUCUCUGAUAGAAUCCUUGGUGGGUUUUGGUAAAGGAAGAACAGCUUUGACAGCUGAAGAAGGUGGAGUAUUAGCAGUUGUGGAAGUGCUUGAAAAUGGCACUCUCCAAGCUAGGGAGCAUGCUGUUGGGGCACUACUGGCAAUGUGUGAGAGUGACCGAUGUAAAUAUAGGGAACCGAUUCUUAGAGAAGGUGUAAUUCCUGGACUACUUGAGCUAACAGUGCAAGGAACACCCAAGUCUCAGACUAAAGCUCAAACCCUUUUGCGGUUACUGAGGGAUACUCCUUAUCCCAGAUCCGACCUUCAACCUGACACACUAGAGAACAUUGUUUGCAACAUAAUCUCUCAGAUCGAUGGCGAUGAUCAAUCUAGUAAAGCAAAGAAAAUGCUGGCUGAGAUGGUCCAAGUUAGUAUGGAGCAGAGCUUGAGACAUUUACAGCAGAGGGCUCUGGUCUGCACCCCAACUGAUUUGCCCAUUAGUAGCAGUUGUACUUCUGAAGUUUCCUUGAAAUGAUUGCUUCUGUUUUUCGGCUUUUUUCUGUUUUACAUUCCUCCCCCCUCCUCCCCUUGUGUUGUUUGUUAUAUAAAAUGUUCCUCUGUAGAAAAGAUGAAAUAACAUACAGUGAAAAAUGCCAGUCCAGGCCGUUUGUGGUGAUAUCGGUAUCGGGUGACUGGUAAAAGUGUCACUAAACUGGAAAUUAUAUGAAGUUGAAAGCAUAAAUAGUUUCCAGUUUGCUUGUAAAGAAAAUGUUGUAUGAAAUGUUAUACAGUCUUUGAAGUUUUCCCUUC